AUGUCCGCAAGGUUUACUCUGUAUGGCCAGUCUUUACUACGUAAUGCAAAUGGGGUCAAUUUUUUGGAUCAGGAUCGCCAUUGGGGACGUGACUGGAUAUAUCCUCCUAGAUCUAUUGCACCACCAGAUGUCAUAAAUGGUUCACCAUCCAAUAUUGGUACCCCAAUGGAGUCAAGUUCCAAUACUCCUCAGCCUUCUAUUUAUAACUUUCAAAUCAAAACUUGGGUAAUCAAGCCAAAUGUUGAUCUUGUGGAAGACGGUACUGAUGUUGAUUUUUUACAUCUUUCAGAAUUUGAAUACUUCAAAGAGGGCAACAAUAAUCAUGAGGUGAAGCAAAAUGAAGAUACACCUGGUGGCUUAACGGAAGCAGAUAUCAGAGGGGCAGUUGGCGGAGUGGGUCAAAUAGGAUUCGGCAUUGGUUUCGUCGAACACAUUGGGAUGACACUAUGGGAUCAGUUCAAAGCUGGCACAGGCAAAGAAGUUAGUUCAGCACCUAUUGAGAGGACCCUACUAAUCCUUGGAGGAUCAUCAUUUGAGCACGUUCAAUUGAUAAAUCAUUUGAAAGAAUCCACCAAAAGUGAGAUAGGGAAUUUCAGCGAUGUUAGGGAGAGUCAAACUUCUCCAAUUGGGUUUCACUUCGUUGAAUUCAGAGACGAAGAACAUGUAUUGACAGCAAUUGUUAACAUACACACCAUUACAGAUACUUGUAUUCAUCGAGCUGAAGAUCUAAUAAACAAGUUCGCCAGCAAUAAAAAUACAGUGGCAUUAAUUCUCUUGGACAGCAAUAAACUUCUCAAUCAAAUAUUGGACAACAAUGACACUCUUGCAUUGGAUGCACUCCCUCAUUGGAUAUAUAUACUUAAUAAAGGUUUUGGUUCCAAAUUGCCAAAAGCAGAGUCGAGAUUACUGGACAAAGAGGCCGAAUGUCAGCACAAACUGGUACCAAGAAAUACUGCACAUGAAAGAGCAUUGUGGUUGGAACUAAGGGUAGUCAUUGUUGUAUUUUCCGCUGAAAUUUUGGAUUAUAUGACGAAUACAAAAGUUCUUGUACACAACAGAACAAUAGACACUCUUCAACAGACGCUGCGACUGAUUUCAAUGUACCACGGAUCCUCUCUAUACUAUUGGAAUUCUUUAUCUACUAGCGAGGUUCUUCAAGGGCACAUCUUUCAUAUUAUGGGCAUACAUAGUGCUACUGCGUAUGACUCUGCCAUUUUUGAUAGCCUUUCAUCGAUAUUUAUCCCGUAUGGAUGGGAUUCAAUUAACAAAAUUGUAGCUAUUGAUAAGACCCGAAAUAUUCAAGAUUUCAACACCUGUUGGAAGGAAAGAUUGGUUGCGCCAGGCUCCCAAACAAGUAUUACUCUCAACAGCAGGAUGCACUUUUCCAUCCUGCAGGACUACAAGAAAUUUCUUAAAAAAAGGUGUCAAUAUACAAAUCUUAAACCCUAA